CGUCUUGUCAUUUGUUCUUCCCCGCACCGGGCUGGCCACUGGCAAGGCGGGGCGGGGCCGGUCAUGGCGACCGGGGAGCUCCGUGGGCAUGUGGUGCGGAUGUCCACGCAGGGGUCCCAGCCUGGUGCGGCUCCCGACAGCGUGGCAGGAGCUGCGGGGCUGCCCUCCAGACAGAGCGGCGACGCGGCCCUCCGGCUCGGGGAACGCCCGCUCCCCGCCACGGAGAAGCGUGGACCCUACUUGGUGACGCGCGCACCUUCCAUUCAGGCUAAGCUGAAGAAACAUCGGGACCAUGCCAAGGCCGUCCUACGGAGAAAGGGCAUGCUGGGUGCCUUGACGAACCGCCCCGAUUCUUCAGGGAAAAGGUCAGUGAAGUUUAACAGGGGCUAUACUGCUCUUAGCCAGAGUCCAGAUGAAAACCUGGUGUCCCUUGACUCUGACAGUGAUGGGGAGCUGGAAUCCAGAUACUCCUCCGGGUAUUCCUCUGCAGAGCAGGUGAACCAGGACGUGAGCCGGCAGCUGCUGCAGGAUGGAUAUCACCUGGAUGAGAUUCCAGAUGAUGAGGACCUGGACCUCAUUCCUCCUAAGCCUAUUGCUUCUUCCACGUGUUCUUGCUGCUGGUGCUGUCUUGGGGAUUCUUCCUGUACCCUCCAGUAGCCACAGCCCUCCAGGAUAGGCAGAUGGCCCUGCUGGCCCUUCACAGCUCAGUGCACUGGGUACUGCUGCCAGCCUAGAACCACUGGAGGCAUUGACCUCUGAGCAGGUCAGUGGCCUACAGGUAGCCCUCACCUGGUGCUUCUCAUGUCAGAGGUCCCCGUCUGGGUCAUAGGUGACAGGUGGAAGUCAGCAGGUUUCCAUUGGGGCAGUUCCAGGAAGCCACUUUCAUAAUGUGGUUCUUAUGCUGCUGACAGGGAUUGCUAAGAAAACCAUUUACAGACAUUCUGACUGGUGUUUGUCAAGGUGUUCUGAGGCGGGAGAAGAAAACUCGUCCGCUCAGGCUGUGCUCGGAGGUGUAGUGGGAGGCAGAGAACGGCACUUUAUGGUCUGCAGUAGUGAAAGAGUACAACUGGGGCCAAGUCAGGAAAGCACCAAGUGGGUUGUCCCUUCAGGUUACAUCCUGUUUGUUAUGGCAAGGAGUCUAAAUGAUGGAGUAGGACCAUGGCUUUCAGAACCUCUGGACUUGGGACAUUCUACUGGUCCUGCUGUCUGGAUGGGCUUAGUAACUCGGUCAGCCCUUUACCCAUUAGAAGAGAACUGUUCUGUCAUAUAUGUUUAUUUAUCUGUAGUUCCCUGACCUUGGAGUUUUUCUGCCUUCUUUUUUUUUUUUUUAAGGUAAAAAUUGGAUUGGCUGCUGAGGCUAUCACCAGAAACCCACAGUUUUUAUGAUUACCAGCAGAGGGAGCUGCUGGGAAGUCAGUGCCUUCCUAUAGUUAGCUAUUUAAGCUUUUGAGAAGUAUUGAUGGAUGAGAGCCAACAUCCUGGUGUAGCUGUGUGACUCUGGCCUACAUGGAAAUGUUUAGACAGGAUGGGAGGGGAGACCCCACCUGCGUUGAUGAGUCUGCAGUGCGGGGGGGAGGGGGGGGCUUCGCUCUAACAAGGUCAUUCCUAUGGCACAUUCCUCUCCCCCAGCACAGGACUCACAGGCUGCAGGUGUAGUGCACUUGCCUAGCAUGUGCAAGGCUGGGAGGGAGGGGGGACGUGGGAAAUAAAACAAGCCUGCGUGUGAGCACAGCUCAAUCCCAAGCUGAAAACAAACGCAGGAAUAAUCUCUCCUGCUAUACUAAGCCUCUUCCUGGAAUUUAGUUUUCCCAGACCCCUUCCCCAGGUUGUUUUAUCUAACCCGGGUAUGUGGUGAGGCUUGGGGUAGAUAUGGUUCCCAGCAUAAGGGGCACAAUAGUCAAGAGUUAGGGGUUGGGAACACAUGUGACUGUCCUACCCAGUGACUACUAGAGACUUAGGAGGGAUGAUAUGCCCUGUGUCCUUUCAUGAGUAGUAGUAGAAAGGGUCAGGUGAGAAGGUAAGGCCUUCUGUGUCCCUCAGCUACAGACCUGCCUGCCCUUUCUACUGCUGCCCAGCAGGGCUUGUUCUCAGGCUGGGGAAGGGUGAAGCAGUACACUGUCUACCGCUGUUCACUCAACUGCCGGGCAGCAUCACGGGAGGGAAGAUGGAACCGGAGGCACAUCUGCUUGGUUCUUAGGUUGGGCCAUAGAUGCUCUGUGCUGUGGUGGGAGUCUGCAACUCAGUGCAAGGAUCUCUGAUUCUGAGCACUUUAUGUAAGGCCCGCAGGGAAGGAGCACAAACCAUAUCCCGGCCUUCUGUAAGUCUGCAGGGUGGAGGCCUCGUGUGAAAAGGGAAUACAUGUAGGGCAGAGUAAGGACUUGGCAGGGCUCAGUGAGGGCCAGAAGUGGUUGUGGAACUGAAGUGUAGAGCUCUGUUUCUAUUUGGUUAGAACACAGUAGCCUGGACAUUUGGCAGCUCCUGGGGGUGGGCAGUACCCCCAAACCACAGUCUCUGGGUGGUUGUUGCUGUAGUUAAUAGUUAACAUUGAGGUACUUGGCUGGAACCGUCCCUGGAAGGAAAGUUCUUGAGCUGGGUGGCCUUGUGUGGGAAAGCAUUACUCGUGGAGAAAGCUCAAUAAUGUCCAGUUAGGAGGGAUAGAAAGGGACAGCUGGUAGGGGCUGGGUGAAAACACCACCAAUAUUGGCACAACAGUGCCCACAUCCUAACUGCCUUAAUUCCGAGGGCUGGGUGUUCUUCAGGGGCAGUCCCUGGGAAGGAGUGCAUCUGAGCUUCCUCAGGAGUGCUCCCUGUGUUUACGCUGCUUCUCAGACCUCUCUCUCGGCUUGCACUUUCAGUCUGUUAUAAUAAAUGCAAUCCUGGUAGUUGA